AUGAUACAGAGAAAGAGGCCACCUCAACUAUCGUUGCACGAGGAGCUCAAGCAAGUCUAUGACGAUUGCUGUAGUCUAUCAAUUAAAAACUUAACGUUGGAGGAGCACAGCAAGUUAGAAGAAUCACUCAACGGAUGGAAGAGCUUGCACACAUCGCUUUUAUUUAAGAUAGACGCAUUUGAAAAGAGGACUAAGGCAAUGGACGAGCAAGAUUUUACUGUUUUAAGUGAAAUCAAAGCCAUUCGUGAUCAGAACGUCAAACAUUUGAUAAGGGUACAAUUAAGAAUGGACGAAAUUAAUCGAAAAAGUAAUAUCUAUAAGAAUCCCCUUGUAUCUAAAACAAGCGGCAAACUGACAUCAUCAAAGUCUGUUCCAUCACUAAGGUCAUCGAAUCCAAAUGCGUCUAAUUCUUUUACUAACAGCAACGUUACUACCAACACACAGCGAGCCAUGCUCAAGUCUCUAAGACCCAAUGGCUCUCAAUUAUCAGGAUCAAGGACUUCCAAGAGUAUGUCCAAUAGCUUCAAUGGCCAGGCAUCGAAGGCAGCUAUUCUGUCUUGGCCGCAGCGCCCCCCUAAACCAGAUAAGAACAAUGUUACUGGUGAUAUUGACGAUUUAUUUGACGAUUUUGAUCAGGAAUCUUUCGAAUUCAAUGAUUCUAACUGGGAACGUAUUCGAGAAUCACAUUCACCUCCCAACUUGAUAGACUUGGAUACUUCCGACAACAUGCUUGUUAAUGGGAGAAAGCUAAGUCACUCCAUGGAGGACUUGACGAUUAAGCCUGUUCCAAACAACAAUCCAACUCAGAAGCCUGCUGCAUCCACAAGACAUAAAUCACCUCCUUUAACUCAAAAUUGGAAAAGUACGUCAGAUAUAAAAAAGGAGAAAGAAAAGCCAAAACCUUAUGUUUAUACCAAGCCCAAGCCGAUAAACAUUAAUCAUUUGUUAAAGAAACCCACUAUUCCAGCCAAACUGAAGUCAACAAGGAGUCCUUCCCAUCAGCCUCCAUCAAAGUCAGAGGCCUUGAAACAGAAGCAGCCUCAGCCUCAGAACACCAAGAAGCUGAAUAUUACAUAUAACUACGUCAAAUCAGGUCCAGCCGUCAAUCAAAAACUGGCAGUGAGCAAUAAAGCCAGUGCAAGUACAACGAAAAAUUCUCCACCUAAAACAAAGGAAACGGAAUACAUCAAUAGUCCAACUAUGGAUGAUUUAUUAGGUGCAUAUGAUACCCAUGACGUAGAGUCAUCGAAUGGCAGUGAAAAUGGGUCGUCUAAUUUAAUGAAUGAAAAGGAACAAGAUGAGCUUAUCUCAUCUAUCAGAGGUAUUGAUGAAGCUUCUGCUAAGCAAAUUUUGAAUGAUAUUGUGGUCCAUGGUGACGAGGUUUAUUGGGACGACAUAGUUGGGCUAGAAGGAGCCAAAAACUCAUUAAAGGAGGCGGUUGUUUAUCCUUUUUUGCGUCCAGAUCUUUUUAGAGGAUUGAGGGAGCCUACGAGAGGAAUGCUUUUGUUUGGGCCACCAGGCACCGGUAAAACUAUGUUGGCCCGAGCUGUGGCGACAGAAUCGAAAUCCACUUUCUUCUCGAUAACAGCUAGUUCAAUUACUUCCAAAUAUUUAGGUGAAUCUGAAAAGUUGGUUAGGACAUUGUUUUUACUCGCAAAAAAGUUAUCACCAUCUAUUGUGUUCAUAGAUGAAAUUGAUUCCUUAUUAAGUUCUCGAUCUGAAAAUGAGAAUGAGAGCUCCAGAAGAAUCAAAAAUGAAUUCUUGAUCCAAUGGUCCGAACUUUCAAGUGCAGCAGCUGCCAGAGAUAAAGAGAGUGAUGAUAGGGUUUUGAUAUUAGGUGCCACAAAUUUACCCUGGUCAAUAGAUGAAGCGGCAAGGAGAAGAUUUGUUCGCCGCCAAUAUAUUCCCUUACCUGAAGAUGAAACUCGUAAGCACCAGAUUAUAAAGCUAUUACAAUUUCAAAAGAACACUUUGUCAGAAGAUGACUAUAGUGGAAUUAUUGAACUCACCGAAGGCUUCAGCGGUUCAGACAUUACCGCUCUAGCAAAAGAUAGUGCUAUGGGUCCCCUCCGGUCUUUAGGCGAUAAAUUGCUUCUGACUCCUACCGAAAAUAUCAGACCUAUAAAUUUGGAGGAUUUCAAAAACAGUCUUAAUUACAUAAGACCAAGUGUAUCGAAAGAAGGACUAGAAGAGUACGAGAAAUGGGCAACGAAGUUCGGCUCAUCUGGUGUUUAA